UCAUCUCUCAACUUUCCCUCUUCACAUACAUUCACACACAAACACUUCCAUUCUCCGUUCUUUCAGUUUUCAAUCAUGGCUAACGUAAACGGCGUCGUUUCACCCAAUUUUCUCCGAGUGAAAAAACUCUCCGACAAAGCCGUUAUACCUACCAGAGGUUCCUCUCUCUCCGCCGGAUACGAUCUUUCCAGCGCCGCCGAUACAAAAGUUCCGGCAAGAGGCAAAGCUCUAAUUCCCACUGAUCUAUCGAUCGCCGUCCCUGAAGGAACCUAUGCCCGUGUUGCGCCGAGAUCGGGUUUGACUUGGAAGCAUUCUAUUGAUGUUGGUGCUGGAGUGAUUGAUGCUGAUUAUAGAGGACCUGUUGGGGUUAUACUGUUUAAUCAUUCUGAUGUUGAUUUUGAUGUGAAAAUUGGUGAUAGAAUUGCUCAGUUAAUAAUUGAGAAGAUUAUUACUCCUGAGGUUUCUGAGGUUCAUGAUUUAGAUUGUACUGUUAGAGGUGAAGGUGGUUUUGGAUCUACUGGGGUUUGAGUGUGAAGUGGAAUGAUUAAUUUUAGUUAACCUUUGUUUUUCAGUAUCUAGGGUAAUUUUCUGGUAUAACAUCUUGUAAGAAUAUUAUUCGUAUUAGUAGUAUUGUGAAAUUUGGAACAAGUAUGAAUGAAGUUGAUUGCAUUUUGAGUUUAAA